AUGGGCGUGGUUUUAGUGCCAGAACAGGUCAGACUGAGGAUCACAUGGAACUACCACAACGAAGACACGGGAGGCCUGUUUACCACAGAUGGGAAAGAGUGCAAGUUUCCAUUCCGACUGCACGGCAGGAUCUAUCAGCAAUGCAUUAACACCAGCUCCAACAGAACAUGGUGUUCUCUCACUCAUAACUUUGACAGGGAUUUGCUGUGGGGUUACUGUGUCCCUCAAAACCGUCUCUCCAGAGAUCUUUGUGGGCAGAAUGUAUGUGAGAACGGUGGUGUGUGUAUACAGGAUCCUCAUCGCUCGUCCUUUGAGUGUGUGUGUGCAGAGGGUUUCACUGGACCGCACUGUGAAAUGAAGAAGUGUUACGAACCAAUCCACCUGAGACACUAUGACAUCGGUGAGUCCUGGGGAAGGAUUCAUCUCCGUAAUGUGGAGCAGUGCACGUGUGUCAGAGGUCAAAUCUCGUGUGAACGCACACGCUACACAUUAUGCCGCACAAACCCAUGUGAGAAUGAUGGAGCAUGUCGGAUGAUUGAAGCCACAGGGGAGGAGGUGUGUUACUGCAGGCCAGGAUACAGUGGACCUCUCUGCAGUUUCAUGCCAGAUCAGCAUUGUUAUAAGAACACAGCCAUUCAAUACCGUGGAACGAUGGGCACCACUCUGUCUGGUGCCCACUGUCUGCCCUGGAACUCUGAGCUGCUGUUUGAUGAGGUGACGGUGAAUACAGUGGAAAGUGCUCCUGCAGUGGGCCUUGGAGAACAUGCAUACUGCAGGAACCCAGAUGAAGACCGGUUGCCAUGGUGCUACACUUUGAGUGACGGUGCCAUCUCGUGGGAGCACUGUGAUGUUCCAUCAUGCCUGAGUAGACUGUUUUCACGUAGGGUCCCAUCUGUGGUCCCUCAGAUAAGGCCCUCUAUUCGUAAAAGAAAAGGGCGUGUCUGUGGGCGGCGGCAUAAGAAACGUGUGCCUCGUGGGCGUAUUCUGGGUGGUAGCUCCGCCCUGCCCGGUGCCCAUCCCUGGAUUGCGGCUCUUUACAUUGGCGAUGAAUUCUGUGCCGGGAGUCUGGUGUCGGCCUGCUGGGUCGUGUCUGCAGCUCACUGCUUCAUUCGAAAUCCUCUUAUUUCUAAAGUGCGUGUGGUUCUUGGGCAGCAUUUCUUCAAUGACACAGGCCGUAACACCAGACACUUUGGAAUUGAGAAAUAUGUUUUCCCUCGACGUUACUCACAGUACAACCCAACUGUUCAUGAUAUUGUGCUGGUGAAACUGAAGAAGAAAGAUGGCCACUGUGCACGUAGGAGCCAGUUCAUUCAGCCGAUCUGUCUGCCGGAGACAAACACCACUUUCCCUGAUUACUCCUGCUGCACCAUCGCUGGCUGGGGACACACAGAGGAGAAGAGCACUGCAUAUUCCCACCUGAGAGAGGGAAUUGUGCAGUUGAUUCCGUAUGACAAAUGCUCUGCACCGGAUGUCUAUGGGUCGGAGAUUCGGACAGGGAUGCUGUGUGCUGGGAUCAACAACUGUGUUGACGCCUGUCAGGGGGAUUCUGGUGGUCCACUGGCGUGUGUAAAGGAUGGACUGAGUGUUCUAUAUGGAGUGAUAAGUUGGGGAGAUGGUUGUGGACGGUCUGGGAAACCUGGAGUAUACACCAGAGUUCCCAGUUAUGUCAGCUGGAUCAAGCACAUCAUCAAACGCAAGAAAAUCCACCAAAAUCAGCCCUCGCUAUAA